UGUCCGUCGUCUCGGAACUUGUUUGUUUUGCUGGUGGAGAGUGAAUGAGGGGAAAUGACGUGUCGACUGAGGCUCUCGCCAUGUUCUGCUGGUGGAGGGCAGCGAUCCAGUGGACACACUCACUGACAGUGGCUGUAAUGUGAAUGGAGGCGGGCUGCAGCUGUUAAGUCCCUCAGAAGUUGAAGAGUUUCAGAGGGAGCAACAUGAGCGUUGAGGAUGAUCUUCCUCACGAGCGCAUGGACGAGGCCAGGGAACAGGACUGGUCCCCGACGAGGAGCAGAAAAACGACACUGGGAGAGUUCAGGGACCUGUAUCUGGGUGACAGCUUCAACACCCUGGAGACGGCGCUCCUGGACACCGCUCAGCUCCACCCGCUCAUGGAGACCAAGCUGUACAAGCGGCGCUGGGUCAUGCUGCUCGUCUUCAGCGCCUGCUCCAUGAGCAAUGCCUUCAUGUGGCUGCAGUACAGCAUCAUCGGCGACAUCUUCAUGCGCUUCUACAGCAUCGACUCCCUCGCCACCGACUGGCUCUCCAUGAUCUACUUCCUCACCUACAUCCCCCUCAUCCUGCCUGUCAUGUGGCUGCUGGACAACCGGGGCAUCAGGGACGUGCUGGUGGUGGGGUCGGCCUUCAACUGCAUCGGGGCCUGGAUCAAGACGAGCACGGCGGACCCCGACAUGUUCGCCAUGACUUUCUUUGGCCAGUUUGUGUGUUCGGUGGCCACGGUUUGCAUCCUGGGCAUCCCUUCCAGACUGGCGUCCCUGUGGUUUGGGCCGCAGGAGGUGUCCACCGCCUGUUCCAUUGGCGUUCUCGGAAACCAGAUGGGUAUUGCCAUCGGGUUCCUGGUCCCGCCCAUCCUCGUGCCUAAUGUGGACGACAUGGAUGAGCUAGCGCACUACAUCAGGAUCAUGUUCUACAUCAGCGCCGGAGUGGCCACCCUCAUCUUCGUCCUGGUGGUGAUCGUGUUUCAGGAGAAACCAGAGAUCCCUCCCACCCAGUCCCAGGCUCAGGCCCGGAAGGUGCACCCGGACGAGUACUCGUACAAGGCUUCCAUCAUGAGGCUGCUGUGCAACAAGCCCUUCAUGCUGCUGGUGCUCAGCUACGGCCUGAACGUCGGCUGCUUCUAUGCUGUCUCCACCUUGUUGAACCGGAUGAUCAUCGAACACUAUCCUGGUGAAGAGGUGAAUGCUGGGAGGAUCGGUCUGACUAUUGUCAUUGCCGGCAUGGUGGGGUCCCUCAUUUGUGGCAUUUGGCUGGACAAGACUAAAACCUACAAACAGACCACCUUGCUUGUGUAUCUCCUCACGCUGAUCGGUAUGCUGGUCUACGCCUUCACCCUCAACCUGGGUCACCUGUGGGUGGUGUUUGUCACGGCCGGAGUUUUAGGGUUUUUCAUGACGGGGUAUCUGCCUCUGGGCUUCGAGUUUGCAGUAGAGCUCACCUACCCUGAGUCAGAGGGAACCUCGUCAGGGCUUCUCAACUGUUCCGCUCAGAUCUUUGGAAUCAUCUUCACCAUUUCCCAAGGGAAGAUAAUCGAUAAAUGGGGCACUUUUGGAGGAAACAUCUUCCUGUGCAUCUUCCUCCUAAUAGGAGCAGUAUUGACAGGAUUCAUCAAGGCCGACCUCCGACGGCAGAAGGCCAACCUGCGGGCCGAGGUGCAGCCAGUGAGCCCUACAGGGUCUGAGUCAUCGGUGCAGGACUACGGGGCCACGGCGCGCAGAGGCACCUGGCAACUACAGUCUUGACAUAAACCCACAACCUCACAAAAACUAAAACACACACCUGCAAAGACAAUAACAGCUGAUGUGGAAGGAGACAUUUCUCCACCUGAAAUCCUGAAACAGAUGAAGUUAUGAGGAGGAUGUCCACUCUGCCAACGACAACGUGUACAGAUAAAAACACAAUCAAAUAUUGACUCUACUCAUACACUCGAGAUAACUAGAAGUGUGUGUUUAGAGUGUGUACCUCUACUAAGGCUGACACCCUAACUUGCCAUGUCACAGAAAUUGGAAAAAAUCAUUCUGGAUUUCCCUGUUAAUCCAGAUCCGAAAUUGAAUGGCUUCCUCCCGGGGUCAUGUGCCAGCCCUCUAACAAAGUUCCACCGAACCCGAUCCCGUAGUUCUCGAGUCAUCCUGCUGACGAACUAACAACACUGAAAACAUAACCCUCUUGGUGGAGAUGAGACGCUGCCGUGAGGAGGACGGAACACACCUGCUGUACAUUAUUCUGUACGUGGGGGAGGAUGCUGCACUCUCUCACACUAAUUAUCCCGAACGCAACUUAACUCAAAUUGAAUCAAGCACAAGUCAAUCCUGCAGCGUACUGCAGACAUGCUGUCACACUGACUGGAACAUUACCACACUCCUCAUCUUAUUUAUACUUUUUAAUGUGUCUCUCUUUUACGGUCCUCUGGUUAAUGUUAAGGAUUUACGGGUACAAUGAGCAAUAUUUUAAGAGUGUGUGUUUCUUUAUAUUGGACCAAUGCUGUGUGUGAAUGAACUCAUCCUUUACAUUGCUAAAUGUUUUCAAUAAGUGUUUUUGUUUUUUUAGAAAAUUAAUCUUUACUGUGAUGUGAUAUUCUGCUGCGGCGGUGAGGUUAGCCAUUGCAUCCUCUCUGCCUGUCAGUCAGGAUCACACGGAGGUAUGAACCUCUGAAUCCUGCUGAUUAUAGACAUGGUUGAUGCCGUGCAUCUGAGUUCACUUUUAAAGGUCAGUGUUGUUCUGCUUUGAACAAUCUCUACAAGAAGACGUUUGGUGAUGAACAUCCGACACAUUAAAGCAACACUAUGUAACUUUUGCUGAGAAACAGCGCCCUCUGCAGCCACAGAGGGAGAUCACCUCUGUUUGGGUCCAUGUACGAGUGUUGGUUUUUCAUGUAGAGAAACAUUCCUGAUAUUUUAAGUUUCCACGCUAACUAUCAAAGAUAAACAGUUUUUUUUAAAUGACUUCUAGCUCUUUUUAACUGAUCUACAUUUAAUCAUUACUCAUGAACGUGCUACAGCCCACAUUCUGGCAAUUGAAGCUGUGAUCAAUGUAUUAACUAAGAAGAUCGUACCGGCUCACUGAAGUCACAUAGAGUUUUCUCCCUUUUUCAAGUCAGGGAACCAUCAAAACUAAUUUUGAAGUUGCUAUUUUGGGAAAAGUUCAAAAAAGUGUUGCUUUAAGGGUGUCCGCACAGCUGAAAGGAAAAGACAAAUUAAUCAGUUGUCCUGUCAUUUUGCACAAGAAAAUGUUUUUAUGUUUUUCAUGUCAUUCAAACUAGUUAACCAGUGUUUGUACAGGUUGUCAGUAACGCACGUUGUGGUCGGUUGUGUGUUAUUUCAGUGGCAUUUUUUGGGACAUUUCACGGUGAUGUGAAAAAGUUUCUACACCCAGAGAGUUUUUCUUACCAUUUAAAUGUUUUAAUAGAUUUUUUCAAAUUGGGAGGUAUCUAUGGGAGUUUUGUUCCCCACCUCCCUGGCUGAACCAAAGUUUGUGAGUGUUUUCUGCACUUUAAUCCAUCUCAUGAAGCCAAAGUCAGCGCUGAAAACAAUCAGCAAAACACCUCGCUGAGGAACCCAAAUAUAACAUUUAAGCAGCGCAUGAUAUCACACAUCAAAACAACGUAAGAACACAAUCACACUCCUGACAACAAGAUGUCUGCACAUUUAACACAGCUGUUCAGAAAUACAUCUCAUUAGCUUAUUACUCCAGUAGAACAUUUAAAAAUCUUAUUAUUUAAUUUAAAAAAAGAUCAGAAGUUCCCAGGGUGUACAAACUUUCACAGAAACAAAACAAUUGCUAAUUUAAGUUGUUGUGAUAUUUUGUGAUGAAGAGCAUCAGCUCUGAAUAAUUUCUCUGAUGUCUUAACUCAGCACACCUCACUCAUAACAGGAUGAUUUUAACAUGACAUGUAAUUGCACUGUCCACUGUAAAAUGUCCAGUUAAAAAAUCAUGAAUUACAUUGAGGCAGGGUGUUUUGUGUACAGUCUUUAGAAAGUGUCCCAGUUUGAAAUGAAAGCACAUCCACGUCUCAUGCUCCUCAAAGCCACAAGCAGCACAAGCAGGACGAGUCCACUCAACAACUGUUUGGUGCUGGGACUCAGUUACGUUUCUUCCGUCGUGCUCCCACUUCUUCUUGAGUGUCUGGAACACACUGGAAUCCAAUCAGCAUUCCGACAAUAGAGAAACCUAAAGACAAAAAAACACGUUCAGAUGUGAAUCAGGAUUCUUUUGUCUGGCAUUCAUAUUUAAUAUUAUUUAAAGGAUCACUGUGUAACUUUUACUGAGCAGAAGCGCCCUCUGCAGCCUAAUGUGUUUGUAAGAGGCAUGAUGUAAUAUAUUAUUUUAAAAACUAUGGGACGUGUAGGUUAUUUUGUGUCUAGUUAUUUUAAUAGAGGGUCAUUUAAGAGCCGGUUAUGAGCAAUAGGUAUUGGGGAGCACACGUUCAUACUGUACCUCAAUCUGCAAGACAUCAAUUCAAUGUAAGUUCAUUAUUCAUGAUUUUUGCAAUAAAUGGGAACAUCACCUAAAAGCACAAA